CCUCAGAUCAUAAACAUUCACAAUGAACCCGACCAACGGCCGUGGUUGACAGCCUGGGGCCGGCCAACUAUAACCUAGAUGAUUUCAUACACAUGACUUAUGUUAACUUUGUAACAAACUUUUAUUUGAAUUUUAUCGAGGAAACAGUUCUCACGGAAAACGUCACGCUUUGUGUUAGAGCGUAUCCAAUUUCUCGAAUCCAGAGGCACUGCGAUGCCCUCUGACUUUAUAUCACUCUUCAGCGGAGACCUCGACCUGAAUUCACCCAGAUCUUUGUAUUCUAAAGAAUCAGUUUAUGAUCUGCUUCCAACAGAGCUUCAGUUACCCUUCUCCAAGCAGCAGAGCGAAGCAGCCAUGAGCCAGACCAGUGGUGGAGACACCGGGCCAGCGCCAGGUCCAGCGGCCCUCGGACCGGAUGCUUCCACCGUCUCCUCCUCUAUGAGCGUGGGAGGAGCCCCCUGCAGUGCUUUUCCUGACACUUCCAGCUCCACCAUGCAUUUCACCGGCACCCUGGCCCCUGACAAGGCUGCAGGCCUCAACAGCGCCACCGCUGAGCCAGAAGACUCUAGAGCGGGGCCCCCAGAUAUCCUGGGUGCCGAGGCUGGGAAUGGUAACAGUGGGAGUGCUGGGAACUGCAGAGCUGGCUCGGAGCAAGGAGGAGGAGGAGGAGGAGGAGGAGGAGGAGGGAGAGGAAGCUCCUCACAGGAGCAGCAACAUCAGAUGACCCCUUCCAAGCGCCGCCCUGUGCUCAUCAUCCCCCCGCCGCCUGAGGACCUGUUUGACAACAGCUGUAUGUCCUUGCAGACCGAGGCAACCCUCGACUCGGAGCAAAGCAACAGCAUCUGGACGGAGGACUCUGUUUCAAAUUUCAGCAACCUCAGCUCUAGCUCGUACAACGACAACACAGAGGUGCCCCGGAAGUCCCGGAAACGCACCCCUCGCCAGCGGCCGGGGCCUAAAAGCCUUUCCCUGGACAGUGGCAGUAAGGACAUGUUUGACGCAGACAGCGCUAAGGGCCCACACUUUGUCCUCUCCCAGCUAGGCUCCGACAGCAAGCCUUGCCCCAUAGGAAGUGCUGCAGAUGGACCGUCAACAACUAUCCAGAAGGGCAGGAUUUUGUCGAUGCAGUACCCAUCGAAGAGGGAGGGGAAGGAGCUGAAGAUCAUUGUGCAGCCUGAGACACAACACCGGGCCCGCUACUUGACCGAGGGCAGCAGGGGUUCGGUCAAAGACCGCACCCAGCAAGGCUUCCCCACCGUAAAGCUGGAGGGCGUGAACGAGCCGGUUCUGCUGCAAGUAUUUGUGGCUAAUGACACUGGGCGGGUGAGACCCCAUGGCUUCUACCAGGCCUGCAGAGUCACUGGACGCAACACCACAGCUUGCAAGGAGCUGGACAUUGAGGGCACCACCGUGAUUGAGGUUCCUCUUGACCCCGGCACCAGCAUGACAAUAGCGGUGGACUGCGUGGGCAUCCUGAAGCUCCGUAACGCUGACGUCGAGGCCCGCAUCGGCGUCGCCGGCUCCAAGAAGAAGAGCACCCGGGCUCGGCUGGUGUUCCGGGUCAACGUCCCAGGUCCGGAUGGGUCGCUCCUCACCUUGCAGACCCCCUCGUCCCCCAUCCUCUGCACCCAACCUGCAGGGCUGCCUGAGAUCCUGAAGAAGUCACUCCACAGCUGUUCAGUGAGGGGAGGGGCGGAGGUCUUCAUCAUCGGCAAGAACUUUCUUAAGGACACCAAAGUCAUUUUUCAAGAAAAUAUAUCCGAUGAGAACUCCUGGAAGGAGGAGGCUGAGAUUGACAUGGAGCUUUUUCACCAGAAUCACUUGAUAGUGAAAGUUCCUCCAUACCAGAACCAGGACACGUCCUCCUCAGUGUGCGUGGGUAUCUUUGUGCUGACUAACGCUGGACGAUCCAACGACGUGCAGCCGUUCACCUACACCCCAGACCCUGCCAAAAAGGAUGUUUCCGUCAAAAAUGAGCGCUCCUCUCCAGUGAAGCCUUGCCCCUAUGAAGGAAAAGUUGAAGCUUUAGAUCCCAGUUCUUUGAUGCUGCCCCAUGUGAAGAGAGAAGACAUCACGCCGAUGGAUGUGUCGAGCAACCUCACUCAUACCAGAGUGUUUAAGCCGCCCACGGACAUGAUGUGUCAAGCCAGGCAGAGCGCAGACAUCCCGCCCUGCCGCCUCACCAACAAGGUGUUCCCCGUCCUGCCUCAGACCGUGGCCGGAGACGGGGACAAUGUGGCGCCUGCGGCGGCCGUCCUGCAGAGCCAAGACCUCUCCAACGCUAGCGGCUUCGCUGUGCCCGCGGAGUCUCUGCUCCAGGCGCCGGGGGCGCCCCAGCCUUUCCGCAUGGAGCCCAGAGAGAGGCGCUGCCCCAGCCCCGGGCCGGUGGGCCGACUGCGUAGGGAACCGGCUUCCCAACAGCAGCACCGACUGCCCCUCUUGCCCCUGGAGGAGAUCGAACAGGCUGUGAGGCAGCUUCAGGCCACCGGGUUCUAUAGGCACCCGCUGCAGUCUGACAACGCGAUGGCCGAACAGCAGCAAUGUCAACAACACAUUCAGCAGCAGCAACAACAACAACAACAAAUCCAAAAGCAACAUAUUCAUCAGCAGCAGCAGAUCCAAACACAACACAUUCAACAGCAGCAGGAGAUCCAGAAACAACACAUUCAACAACAGCAGCAGCAGCAACAACAACUGCAGCAACUGUAUCAGUCACAAAUCCCCAUGGAGUGUACCAUGUUUCAUGGCACCUCGAGGGGGGACAACGCUGAACAGCAGGGCUCCCCGCAGGGGUCGGUCCCAAACCGUGGAUCCCUGUUCCAGCAGGCUCAGCAGCAGACAAGUGAGCAGCUCCUCCCCCUUCAAACCAGCUUCCUGCAGCAGACCCCGUCGCUCCCCUCCCCGCCGCGGUUCCACAGACAAAGCUCCAUGGCGGAGGCCCGCGAGCCGCCGGCGGCGGUGUUUCACGCUCAGAAGGCCUCUUGCGCGCAGGAACACCUGCAGGCGACGCUCUUCCCGAAUAACCUGACCGCGCUGAGCGGCAGCAGUCUGGCUCCGGAGCAGCAGCAGCAGCAGCAGCAGCAGCAGCCCGCCACCUCCUUCCUGCCCCAGACGUCCUUACCAUCGCAGCCCCAGCAGCAGCAGCAGAUGGCUUUCCUCAACGCGUUGCAGACCACGGUCCCAGAGCCCCAGCCCGUGUUCCAGGCUCAGACCCAGCUCGCCCCCAUUCAGCGGGGGACCCCUAUGGAGCAGCAGCAGGCAGCCCAGCCCCAGACGCAAUCUCCCCAGCAGACCUUCCAGAAUAUACCCCCGCAUCCCGUCGCGAGCACCCUCUCCCCGGGCCAGCAGCAGGCCGGGCUGCUCUUCCACACCAACCCCAACCUGUCCAGCCAGGACCAGCCCUCCAGCCUCCUGUUCAGCGGCCAGGGCCCGAUGCCUCCCUUGAGCAGCAGCAGCCUCUCUACCCAGCAACCUCCGAACCCCGCGCUGCUCUUCUCUCAGGCCAGCAUGGUGCCGGUCGGCCAGCAGGACCGCUCAGAGCCGAUGGCCCUGGGAAACCCAAGCCAGCAGCGGCAGCAGGUCCUAUUCCCCCAGCAGCCGCAGCCGCCGCCGCCGCAGCAGCCCAUGCAGCAGCCCAUGCAGCUGGGUGGCAGCUCUCAGAGCGCCCAACAGCCGCCCGUCUCCAUCUUCAUCCCACAGGCCAACAUGGCCGCCUUACAAGGGGGCAUGGCUGCUCAGGAGCUUCCUCCGGCCACCAUCUUCUCCUCCCAGAGCGCUGCCGCAGGCCUCCAGGCCACCAGCUCGUCCCCCCCCGUGAAGCAGCCAGGCUCCCUGUUCCAGGCGGCGGUGGGCGGCGGGGCCCGGGGCCAGCCCAGUCACCCUCGGCAGCCCCCCGGCCUCUUCCUCUUCGGAAUGGAAAAUGAGUGCAGCCAGAUGAUGAAUGCCCCCGGGACCUCCCUGUCGGAUCACAUCAUAGCCAUCAGUCAGUCUGGCCAGAACCAGAGGGAGAGCGAGGCACACAUCCAGUCCCUUUUCAUUCAGUCUUUGUCCGAAUCUGGGACGAUCCAGAAUACCAUGGCCUCGUCGCAGAACAUGGAGAAAAUGGAGGAUCUGUUGAUCAGCUUGCAGCAGGAGCCAGGGAACAACUUAACACGCUCCUACUAACACACAGGUUCUGUGAGGUAAAAGCUGUGAAACAUGAACUGGAUGAUGAGAAUUUGUAUUUGUUGGAGCAUUCUUUCGAAGGAGGAUCCUCAUAAUCAUACUCGUGAGCAGCAAGGGGCGCCAUAGGCUAUGUGUGACACUAGACCCAGGUCUAUUGCUCGGCUGCGCCUUUUUAUUUUUUCAGUCUCCAUUCUUCAGCUGCCAUUCUUCAAAUAUCUAACAUUCACAGUUCCUCCCUGCAGGACAUCAGGACACCGAUACCUGCUAACACGUUCUAGCAUCUACACACAUCCAAAAUACUUUUAUUACCGAUGAGAAGAUUGUGUUUAUUAUACAUGAAUCUACAUUUGCAUUGACGAUUACAAAACUGAGGUGAAAAUAUGUAAACGUUGUAGGCAUAAUAAGCACAUCAUGGUGCUCUUUGCAAUGGCAGUGACUCUACUAUUACUGUAUUUUAUUUACAUUUGACUGCAUUUAUACUGCAUUCGAAAAAUGUAGGUUUUGAGAAAAAAUUGUAUUAAUAGGAAACAAAGCUAUUAUUUUUACCUAAACCUGCACUGGGAUCUGCAAGUAAGUUUUUCCCAUUAGCAGCCUGUAGUGGCUGAAAUUGACGCUACAAUUAUAGCUUUAUAUUUUUCAGACAACCAGCCCUUUUAGAUUUAGCAAAAUAUGACCUGAAUAGAGAAAGUAUUACAGAGGAAAAUUACUGAGAUGGAUCACUAUUUUGGAGAAAAAGUCUAUUUCAGUAAAUAGUUGCUGUAGAAAGGAAAAAAAAGUCUACGUAUAGUACAUAGAUUUGAAAUACACCUUUUUACAGAUCUAUUAUUCUACUGAAUGCAUUUCUCUCACUGCAUAAGCAUCUACUGCUUUGAUGAUCGUUCUCAUAGUUAUUAAAAUAAUUAAUUGGAUUCAAGCCAAAGUGCAGUUUUACAGCGAGAUUUUAAUCCAACUAUUACUACUACUAUUACUAUCAUUUCAACCCCAAUAUUUAAAUAUAAUAUAUAUUUAUUAUAUUUAUAUAUAUAGCCUAUAUAAUUAUAUAUAUAACUAUUUUUUAUGAGAAAGCCUUUUUAGAAAUAAUCUAAAUUAACAUAUAUCAGAGGUGACAAUGUCAUCUGGGUCAAUUUAUAGCAAAAAGUUUAAACUAACUAUAUCUCUAUAGAUGUAAAUGUAUUUAAAAGGAUACUGUACGUGUGGUUAUUGUACGUUAAUAGUGAAAUAUCAAAGUUAUAUCACAUUGUUGAAUGUGUUUGUGUUGCAUGAUACUGCGUCAGGAACGCAUCAAAUUGGAAUAGUAUUCUAUAUUUUAGAAAUAUUAUACUGGAUUUGUUUCGAUAAAAUUAAUUACGAUUGUUUGGUUAGAUUUACCUUUCUAAACAGUUUUUAUGUUCUGGGCAAAUAUGCCCACCACAAAUAUUGUUUUUAAAAUCUUGUAUUAUACUUCAUGAUUCCGAGUAGGCCUUGAUAAGAAAAAGUUGACAGUACCUUUGUUUUGAUUAAGGCCAGUUUUAUGGCUUGCAUGUUUGUUUAUUUGUUCUUGUUGUAUUCUAUUUUAUUUUAAGGAUUCUCUUUUUUUGUCUGGACUGUGUAAACAAAAUGGUUAAGAUUCUCAUUGCGAGAUAUCCAUCUGCUAACUGUAAUUGUUUAUUAGCGCAUUGUGGGAUGGGAACCAUCUUUUUGUGUUUCCUACAGGCCAUGUAAUGCAUGUGCUGUGACUGUUCUCUGAGUUCAACUGAUCUCUGAGGAUGGUUCCACUCUUUCAGUCCAUGUACUGUUUUUGCUGUAACAAGGAACUGAUCUGUGAUGAUGGUUCAAGAAUGUAUCAUUGUAAUGGUCUACAUUUCUAUAAGUACUGUAUGUAAGAAAAAGGUUAAACUCAUUGAAUUGUAUCGACUCUUAAAAGUGACCUUGUAAUAAAGAGGAUGCAAUAUCUA